CUCAUUAUCGCAGAGUGUAACGCGAAUAUUCUCACAUUCCCUUUUUCGUUUUUUGCGUUUUUCUCGGCUCCUGGGCCCCCUAAAGUUACAAACCCCCCAUUGUAAUGCCUUACCGACAGGCACGUUCUUCAUCGUAGCUCAUGCACCACCGCUACGAAAUUUUCCGGGUGAAGCCGCUCCAUAAGCGUCAACAAUCCCCGUGUAACCUCUGCCUAUCAACUCGAAUACAUUGGCGGGAAAUAAUUGUUUACACACUUGUUAUCACCUGAAAAUUGCAAACAUUUUUGGAAAUAUCAACUUGUGGGCCGAGUAGUGUUGCUUGAUUUCACCGAAUCAACCGAAAUAUGGCUGAGAAAUUGGAGGACCUUAAUCUUCCCAACGCCGUCGUGACCCGAAUCAUCAAGGAAGCCCUUCCAGAUGGUGUCACAGUAGGGAAAGAGGCCAGAGUGGCAGUCGCCAAAGCCGCCUCGAUAUUCAUCCUCUACCUGACGACAGCAGCCAACACAAUUGCCAAGAAGGGCAACCGGAAGACGAUAAGUGGGCCCGAUGUCCUCCAGGCCAUGGAGGACAUCGAGUUCGACCGGUUCAUCGAGCCCCUGAAGGAGGCUCUCGAGAAUUUCAAGAAGUCCCAGAGGGAGAAGAAAGAUGCCAAUUCGAAGAAGAAACAGCAGAGGAAAGAAGACGAUGAUGGCAACGACAUGGUCGAGGAUGACUGAACAUCUUAUUCAUUCACUUUUGGAGUUUAAAUAUUAACCAUUAAGAUUUAAGUUUUAUACAUAUUUGUAAGGAAUUGAAAUUAAAUUAUUUCAUAAAAUUUA